AACUGCUUGCCGCUCUCUUUUUGCCUGGGGGCCCGAGUUUGCGCUGGUGACCGAGCCCAAGUGUGGAGUUGGAACUUUCGCGGGAGUUAGGGUGUUGAUGACGGGUCUGAAUCUGGGAGUGUGCGCGCGGGAGUGGCUGAGAGCUGUGGACCCAGGCACUGGCGUGCGGUGCGUGAGUGUGAGCGGUGUCCCUUUGCAGCGAGAAAGACCCCUUGUGUAUUUCUGACCGAACUGGCCCAGAUGGGGGAACCCCGGGCUGGGGCCCCCCUGGACGAUGGCAGCGGCUGGACAGGCAGUGAGGAAGGCAGUGAAGAGGGCACCGGCGGCAGCGAGGGGGCUGGGGGAGACGGGGGCCCAGAUGCAGAGGGUGUCUGGAGCCCAGACAUUGAGCAGAGCUUCCAGGAGGCCCUGGCCAUCUACCCGCCAUGUGGCCGCAGGAAAAUCAUUCUGUCUGAUGAAGGCAAGAUGUAUGGUCGGAAUGAACUGAUUGCCCGCUAUAUCAAACUGAGAACAGGGAAGACCCGUACUCGCAAACAGGUCUCUAGUCAUAUCCAGGUUUUGGCUCGAAGGAAAUCAAGAGAAAUCCAGUCCAAACUGAAGGCCUUGAAUGUGGACCAGGUUUCUAAGGACAAGGCUUUCCAGACGAUGGCUACCAUGUCCUCUGCCCAGCUCAUCUCAGCACCUUCCCUACAGGCCAAACUGGGUCCUGCCGGUCCUCAGGCCACUGAGCUUUUCCAGUUUUGGUCAGGGGGCUCUGGCCCACCCUGGAAUGUUCCAGACGUGAAGCCAUUCUCACAGACACCGUUCUCCUUGUCACUGACUCCCCCAUCUACUGACCUCCCAGGGUACGAGCCUCCCCAAGCCCUCUCACCCCUGCCCCCACCUGCCCCAUCACCCCCAGCCUGGCAGGCUCGGGCUCUGGGCACUGCCCGGUUGCAGCUGGUGGAGUUCUCAGCCUUUGUGGAACCACCUGAUGCAGUUGACUCCUACCAGAGGCACCUGUUUGUGCACAUCAGUCAGCACUGUCCCAGUCCUGGAGCACCCCCGCUGGAGAGUGUGGAUGUCCGGCAGAUCUACGACAAAUUUCCUGAGAAAAAGGGUGGUCUGCGGGAGCUGUAUGAUCGAGGCCCUCCCCAUGCCUUUUUCUUGGUCAAGUUCUGGGCGGACCUGAACUGGGGCCCAAGUGGUGAGGAGGCAGGGGCUGGCAGCAGUGGCGGCAGCAGCGGUGGCUUCUAUGGAGUGAGCAGCCAGUAUGAGAGCCUGGAGCACAUGACCCUCACCUGCUCCUCCAAGGUCUGCUCCUUUGGCAAGCAGGUGGUGGAGAAGGUGGAGACGGAGCGGGCCCAGCUGGAGGACGGGCGCUUCGUGUACCGUCUGCUGCGUUCGCCCAUGUGUGAGUACCUGGUGAAUUUCUUGCACAAGCUGCGGCAGCUCCCCGAGCGAUACAUGAUGAACAGCGUCCUUGAGAACUUCACCAUCCUCCAGGUGGUGACAAACAGAGAUACCCAGGAACUGCUGCUGUGCACCGCCUACGUCUUUGAGGUCUCCACCAGUGAGCGUGGGGCCCAGCACCACAUUUACCGCCUGGUCAGGGAUUGAAGAAGGAACCCGCAAUUGACUCACCCCAGAACACCCUCCUCCUAGGAAGGACCCUCCAGCUCUCUUCAUGAUUCUUAUUUGGGGAGGGGGCUGUGAUGGAAAGGGGCUGACCUCAGAGGCCUGAGCAACUGGGACUGUCUCCUAUUAGAAAGGACCCCCAAAACUGCUCAGUGACCUGAACAAGCUAACACUGAGGAUAGACCCCAGUACUGGAACCUCACAGGGGUGUCUGAAACUCCAAAGCAUCAGGGAUUGGGGACAGGAGUGAGACAACCCCCAGGUACACCACUGGCUUCUUGGCCUCUGACACUCUUCUGGAUGUUUUGGCAGGCCCUGGUUCCACAUUGGUUUGUCCCCCUUUUUUCCAGCUGCCUCCCCCCCAAGUAUCUGCCUCCCUCCCUUCUGAUCUGUGAUGUCACAAAUUGAGGAUUAACCUUUUUUUGUGCAGGAGCAGAGCCAGGUGGGCCCUGCAAAUAUUUUGUUUUUUAAAAUAUAACAAAGUAUUUAUACAUG